UCUGUGCUAUGCCAAUUUGUUUUUUUCCACUAAUAACUACUGAUUUUCUAAAUUUCAAGACUCGUGUAACAGUUUACUCAACUCAUGCACCUGCAGGAACUUCAACAAGAAAUAUUGCUCAUUGGGCUCAAAUGCAUCAUUCUGGUUUAAUGCAAAAAUUUAAUUACGGGUCGAAAAGGGCAAAUCAGAAACAUUAUGGACAAAACACACCACCACUCUACAAUUUGACUAAUAUAGCAAAUAUCCCCAUUUAUUUGUACUAUAGUGAGGCAGAUUGGUUGGCAACUAAAAAAGAUGUUGAGGUAUUGAAAAAUAUUGAAAGAUAA